AUGGAGACAAAGUCAACACGACAGCCGUCAUUAAUUUCCAAAGCAAUAUUGGGUCUUGGAACUGGACAUGGUGGCAUCUCAACGGUGAAGAAUCUCUACGGUCGAGAUGGUGAGCUGAAUACGACAACUGCCGUCACCGUCGCAAAUGAUGCACGAGACAGAGUGUUGAGUUGCCCGAAAGCAUUCGCAGCUGGAUGGGCAAAUCGGAGGUCAAGAAGAAUCCCACCAGAUACUCAAUACUCAAAUACGAACAUCGAAAAGACAGAUGCUUCUCAAAAAUGA